GACAGCCAAACAAAGCCGCGUGAGCGGUAAAUCGGUUCGCAAUUUUCUUUCGCUUUGCACCACUCGAAUGCCGCUUCAGUCUCACUCUAACUUUGGUUCCUGAUAGUUGUUGGCAAAACAGCGGAAAAAAAACUUCCGCCCCAACGAUACGUCGCAGCUACUGUAUUAUUAGUUUUAUCUAUAUAUCAUACGUAAAUAACUGAUAAAUAAAAAUGCAAGAGACGUACCUGUAUGAUCCGAAUGUGCUGCUCAAGCUUGACUUUCAUCGUAGCCCAGCUAAAUUUCAGCCUUUCAUCUCGGCUGCCAAUCCGGGAGAGUCGUGGCUGCAAGUGCGCCCAUUGAAGGAUACGGACUAUGAUCGCGGCUUUCUGCAGUUACUCUCUCAGCUCACGAAUGUAGGCAAUAUAACACGUACACAAUUUCUGACACGCUUCUCGCAGAUGAAGGCCAGCGGUGAUUACUAUGUGACGGUCAUUGAGGACACACGGAAGGGCGAGAUAAUUGGUGCUGCCUCGCUCAUCAUUGAGCGCAAAUUUAUACACAAUUGUGCAGUGCGCGGACGCCUUGAGGAUGUAGUAGUGAAUGACACGUAUCGUGGCAAGCAGCUGGGCAAGCUCAUUGUUGUUACCGUGUCGCUGCUAGCCGAGCACCUUGGCUGCUACAAAAUGUCGCUGGACUGCAAGGACAAGCUCAUCAAGUUCUAUGAAACUCUGGGCUAUGUUCUCAUACCCGGCAACUCGAAUUCUAUGACCAUACGCUACGACGAGGAUACGCCAACAUUAAAGCGUAACUCCACAUCGGCUGCCACUGGCGCUGCUGGCGAUGCUUACCAAACUAACUCACAAUUUUACAAUUUUUUCUCUCCUUUCUGCUACUGAAUGUGGGCGGCGCCCGUUUUUUGUUUAAAUCUAAUAAGGUCGUUGUUAUAAUGCCCUUCAAGAGCACGUUCA